AUGGCUACAGGAGUGCAGAACAAGAGGUUGUUGCUGGAGAAAUUGCGGGUAUUCUACGACGAGCCCGAGCACUGCAGGGUCCUUCUAGACGUUCUCUUGUCCAAGAAGUACCCGUCAUUGCGUACCAUCGACUGGCUCGUCACGAACUACUCUCAGAGCAAGAACGUGGUGUAUCCGGUAGGCGGGAAUCCGUUUCAUCUGGCCUUGGAGUACAGGAACCAGCUGAAGGCCUACUCGAAGCGGUACUUCGACCCUUUCAACCGGCGGGACAAGAUCAUGUUUCCGAUCAUGGAUCUGAGGAAGAAGAAGCACAUGCAGGGUAAGGAGCUGAAUACGUGCGCUUCCGCUGCCGUGCCGGAGGAGGCUGCGAGGCACGGGUACGGACCCGACGCAAAGACGAUCGACGUGAUGACGACGGUGUGCCAGUUGAACUUCCUCCGGUUCGCCAUGACGGCAGGGGUCCUCGAGUUCGCCCGGCAGAACAAGGAAGAGAUCGAGGAGCACAUGGCGCGCAGGCACAGGAAGCCGAGCAAGCCGCUGAGGAGGAACCGGGGCAGGGGCGAUCAUGGCGGAGGCAAGCUCGAGCAGAAGAGGCCCCUGCGGGAGGGGAUGGUGAUGAGGCGGAACGCGAGGCCCGACGACCCGAACUCCCUGGCGGCGUAUCUGGGGUUGAAGAUCAGCUUGUGGUUCGCGUCCGUGUUGAUCGCAGGGGUGGCGAAGCCGAGCUUCUGA